CUCAACUUUACAUCCUGUUUAGAAACCAAGAUGGCUGCUUCCAGUUCUGUGCUUUCCAUGUCCAAACUUAUCAAACCCCUUUGGGGUGGACGACUGGGGAAUACGGUUAAAGUGUUCGGGCCAACGCUGACAAGCCGUCGGGAGAGGUCAUCGGCUGCUGGAGAGAACAUACCGCUCCCGGCAAAAUAUGGAGGCAGACACACAGUCACCCUCAUCCCAGGAGAUGGUAUUGGACCAGAGCUGCUGAAUCAUGUCAGAGAAGUUUUCAGGUUCAGCUGCGUGCCUGUUGACUUUGAGGUUGUGAACGUCAACUCUGCCAUGACCAGCGAAGAUGACAUAAAUAAUGCCAUUACCGCCAUCCGCCGUAAUGGAGUUGCCCUUAAAGGUAACAUAGAGACAAACCACACCAUGCCCCCCUCUGUCAAAUCCAGAAACAAUCUGCUUCGCACCAGUCUGGAUCUGUACGCCAAUGUGAUGCACUGCCAGUCCCUCCCUGGGGUCCAGACCCGACACAAGGAUAUUGACAUCCUGAUCGUCAGGGAGAACACCGAGGGUGAAUACAGCAGCCUGGAGCACGAGAGUGUUACCGGGGUGGUGGAAAGUCUUAAGAUCAUCACCAGGACCAACUCCCUCAGGAUCGCAGACUACGCCUUCAAACUGGCCCGGGAGAAAGGUCGCCGCAGGGUCACCGCUGUCCACAAGGCCAACAUAAUGAAGCUUGGUGAUGGUCUGUUCUUGCAGUGCUGCAGGGAGGUUGCGUCUGGAUACCCGGAUCUUCAGUUUGACGCAAUGAUUGUGGACAACACGACCAUGCAGCUGGUGUCCAACCCGGAGCAGUUCGAUGUGAUGGUGAUGCCAAACCUUUAUGGCAACGUGGUGAGCAACGUGUGCGCCGGGCUGGUCGGAGGCCCCGGCCUGGUGCCUGGGGCCAACUACGGCAAGGACUAUGCAGUCUUUGAAACGGCUACAAGGAACACGGGGAAGAGUAUUGCCGGCAGGAACAUCGCCAACCCCACUGCCAUGUUGCUGGCCAGCUGCAUGAUGUUGGACCACCUCAAGCUCUACGAGUAUGCCAGUCUGCUCCGUACUGCGAUCCUAACCUGCAUGAACGAGACCAGGUUGCACACUGCUGACAUCGGGGGGCAGGGCACCACUUCUGAGGUUGUCCAGUCCAUUAUGAAGCUCAUCCAGAGUAAGGGACAGCUCACCACCGACCUUUAAAUACCAUGACCUCCCAGGCAGCCAAUCAUCAACCUCUAAAUAAACGUGGACCAACAUGCGUCUAUAUUGCUAUUGUUAAGCGCACAAUAAUAAAUGGCGGGAGGGUUAAUGUAUAUGCAUGCGGAUUGUAUCAAUGGUUUAGAAACUGUUACUUUUGGGUGUGUUGGUGUUCAGUUUACUGGUCCCCUACAUUCUGUCUUAAAACAUAUUUAUUAAACACAACUCUUCAUGCAAUCACUGUGAUCACAUGUAUCACAUCUAAUGGUAUCCAUGGGGAAACUACAUGACAUUGUGGACAAGGCUUUGGAUUAAGUACAUGUUGAAUUGCUUUAUUGUUGGGUGAAGUGGUUCAUGUUAACUACGUACACAUUCAGUAGCGCACUAUAAGUCAUAUGAUAUCAUUAUCUGAUUCAGCCUUUCCGUUCAACCGCAACAAGGAGUUUCCAUUUGGCCUUAAGGUAGUGAUGCUUCUAAUUUACUAACUCCUCAUCGUCUGCUGGGAGAAAUUGUCUGUCCGCACACGCUUUCUCUGGAGAAUGGACAUCUGAAGGCUAUGUUUGACAAGCAGUUGAAAAGUUUAAGUACUUUGACGUCCCUCAUGUGACUGAGUGGAGAUCAGAUAAUUUGAUUACGCAUCACUAUGUGUAAUAGCUGGGUGGUGUUUCCCAUUACACUCCCCAUUUGUUUCAUGCUAUAUGUAUCAUUUUUUUGAUUAGUUAUAAAAUAACGUCAACAUGAUGUUUGUGUGUAAAUGUACAACAUGAAUAUAAUAAAGAGGUUAUCAAAAGUACUUUGGAAAAUGC